UUUCAGGAUGCUGUUUAAUUGCUAAUCUUCCAUUAGUGGUGGUUUUGAUUAUUGCAUUUCUAUUGUGUUCACCUCAAAAGUUCUGUUAUUUUUGUAGCUAUUUAGAGUUAGUCUCAGAAAUGCCUGAUGAGCCUGGAAGUUAUGUGUCGGGUGUGCCUGUGCGCAUUAGCGAGGCAUUCCGCCCUCCCCGAAAAGUGACUCUUCCUUCUUCCUGUCCACAUGCUGUUGAUGCUGAACUUCUUACAGAGGAAUAUGAUGUGACAGUCGAGACAGCUGCCAUCUCUUGGAUUGAAGACUAUCAUCAGCGCAAGGAAGAGAGCGCAAACAAAAGACAGGAGAAUGUCAAGAUUUACAGGCAGCGCAAGAUUCAGCGUAAGGCCCAACUUGAAGAAGAAAUAAAGCAAAAGGAGGAAGAAGAUGAGAAAAGAAGGCAAAAGGAAUUGGAAGAGGAAGAAGAAAGGAGACGGCUAGCUCGUAUUGAGGAAGAGAAACUGGAAAUUGAAAAGGAACGAGCUGAGUUAGCUAGACUUAGUGAGGAAAUGUUGGAAAAAGAGAAAUUGGAGUUUAUGCGUCUGAAGAAUGAAAAGCUUGAAAAAGAAAGAGCUGAGAAAGAAAAAGUUUUAAAAGAAAAAGCAGAGCAGGAACGAAUGGAACAAAUUAAUAUGGCAAGGUUAACCAAGGAGAGUGUGAGGGAAAAAAUAUCUUGUGUUAUAGAUACACCAAAUGCAAAUGAUGAGUCAGUCAAUAAUUCAAAUGUUGUUUCUAGUGCAACAAUGGCUGAUGAUGACACUGAAUCGGAAAUAUUCCCGCAAGACUUGAGUGUUAAGCCUACAGACAAUGCUGAUCUUGUUGGGUGCCAAGAUGACUUGGAUCGAGAAAAAUCAGUAUCUCGUGAUAAGGCUGUAGAAUCUUCUACAAAAACUACAUCAUUUCCAUGUUCAGUAAGCAAUUCUGUGGCAGAUCCCCAACUUGCUUCUACGUCAUCAAAUCUUGCAUCUCAGGCACAAAGAACAAUCCCUGAAGUGGGAGGAAAUUCAACAUUGAUAAACUUUGAAGAUUUUGAAGCUGAUCGGAAUGAUCCAUUUGACAGGGCUACACUUCAGAGCAUCAAUGACAUGGAAGAACUGGCCCAGGUUCUGCAGUCAACUAGCGUAUCUUCACAACAAUGUAGUUCCCAAACUCAGAACUUGUUUUAUCCUGAUACUCACAAGUCUGGCAGUCCUGUGAAAUCAUCUGUGGCAAUCAUACCUGGCAUGACUGCUUUCAGCAACUUCUCUCAGUUUGCUAAUAAUUCAUUUUAUCCUCGUGGACAAGUUCAAUUUCCACCUGAUACGUCUAUGAAUAUCUACCCUUCAAAUCAGUUCAGCUCUUCUGAUAAUGCAGGAUUAUCUAAUGCACCACCCAAUGUAGAUCCUUCAAAUGCAUCCUCUCAUAUAGGAUCUUCAAAUGCACGACUGGAUGCAGGAUCUAAUGCAUCAUCAUCCCAGAAAAUGAAUCAAUUUCCUCCUAGUAAUGGCACUACUACAAAUGUGUAUUCAAACAUUCUUUUCCACUCACCAUGGCAUCAACAACCCCACUUUGAUGAGCCCGGUUUAUCAAACUCUUCACAGGCUUCAUUGGUGACAAAUCCUUCCUCUAUAACCAGCAGCAGCAAUUCAAUACUCCACAAUCCAUACAAUUCAUAUGGUUAUGGGCUACCUGCAUCAUCAUGUCAGGUUUCCUCUAGCAACAUGAGUGCCCAAUAUGCAGUCUCAAGCAAUGUUAUUGGAGCAAAUUUAUCUGAGAAUUUAUAUCAACCACAACCAAAUAUCCCAACGGGUUCUAACACAAUUUCCAGCUUGGGUUCAUCACAAAUAUCAAGUGCUUUACCAGCAGCUCCUAAUGAGCGACCAGACCUUGAAGAUUUUUAUUCACGUUAUUAUGGUAAGACUACAAAUUUGUUAAUGAAAGCUACUAAACCCAAAGAUGCUUCGUCUACCUACCAGCCAUUGCGUUCCAGUCAGAGUGUGCCUGAUCUCACUGCCUUGGAAGACCAAGAGGUGUCAAGAAUUUCAGACGGAAGUGAAGCUCCUGUCAACCGUCCACUGUCCUCUGUUGUGCCACAGUCCAGACCAUCCAGCACUGGUCCAGCUCUCACCCAGACACCACUUGAACGCCAUGGUUUUGGCCCAGCACUGGACCAUCCGAGACCCAGCAGCCGUACACCAUCCAGCACAAACUAUUAUGGCAGCGGUCCGACUGUUCCCACAUUUUCUUCACCCACUUCCCCAUCCAAUAACUACAGAGGCUUUAGUUCUGCUGCAUCCAAUAUUAACACGUCUCAUGGCAGUAACUUGAGUAAUAAUUAUGGCCAGUAUCAGAUACCUGGUAACAACAUAGCAUUUGUACAAUGCAAUGUCCUGAACUCGCACCCGAUAAAUCCCACUUCUAGUGUAUCUUCUUAUCAACAUAUAAAUUCAUAUUCAAUGCCUCCUCGCUUACCUACACCUGCCUCGUACAUGGUAACAACUACUCACAACCUUGUACCACUCACCACUACAACCACUACAAGAACCACAAGUAAUACUACUGUGGAGACAAGGAAUCCUGCAGUAGAAACAAGAAAUCCUUCAGUAGAUACACGUAAUCCUACAGUAUAUCCUAGCAACACGGGCAGUAGCAGUAGCGCCAGUAGCAUUUCUGAGUCAAACUCAGGGUUUGUUCAGAGUCCGCUCGAGUUGCCUGAUCCCUUCUCAGAGCUUGACUCUGAAGUGCAGAGCUUGGUCUGCUCUGUGGCAGAGAUGGGCUUCCCUAGAGCCAGAGUAGCCAGAGCUGUCCAGAGGCUUGGCACGCAACAUAAAAAGCUGAUCGAGGUGCUGCUGGAGCUGCAGCGGCUGGAGGAGGAGGGGCAGGAGGCUGGUCGUGCUGAGGUCGCCUUCUACGCGCACCUCGGCGACCUGCACAAGACCAAGCAGCACCUCGACACCUGCAAACAGCUGGUGUCGCUGGGAUUUGAGGAGUCGCGCGUCAUGGAGCUCCUGCUGCGCCACAACAACGACAGAGACCGCACGCUGGAGGACCUCAUAGCGUGAGACCGCACGCUGGAGGACCUCAUAGCGUGAGACCGCAUGCUGGAGGACCUCAUAGCGUGAGACCGCACGCUGGAGGACCUCGUAGCGUGAGCACCGCACGCUGGAGGACCUCAUUGCGUGAGGGCUAUUCCAUGUUGAAAUAUGUUCAUAAAUUUUCCUCAAGUUUUAUGUGCUGUAUUUUUUUGUAUAUUAGAAUUUGACAAAUUCAUCAGAAACAGGCUCAGUAUUUAAAUACCAAAUCGUCGCUACAUGAAUUUUCUAAGUGCUGCAGUCACAUAACUUUUCAAAUUUAUGCUUCUUCCCUAUUUUUUGAUUUUAAAAUUAUUGGUCAGAGAACACAGCUGGAUUAUAUACAAGUUUGAGAACGGAUUUAACAUUUUGAAAGGCGAAUUUAGAUGAAUAUUAAAUCCCUUGGAAAUCUCAGCAUCUAAAAAAUGUCCCAAAAUAUCAUCAAUAUCGUCCACUAUACUAUGAUGUAUCGUUUAAAAUCAUUACUUGUUUUUCAAUUAAAUCUGUAGCUCUGAAAUGGGGUAAAUAGCUUUAGGGUAGAAAUUAAACCCGGGGGUUUAUUUAACAUUUUUUAGGGGUAAUGUUCAAGGCCCCAGAACAAAAUUUAACUUUCGUCAAUGUUGACUCCAUUUUUAAGGCUUAACAUUCGUAUUGUGACA